UACUUGUUUUAUCCGCAGUGUGUUGGUCCAGUACUCAUGCUUGUUGUCUUUUAUUAGUGCCAUUGGUGGAUAUGAAAUCACUGCUUCUUGGUUUAGCGUAAAAGGUUUCGUAAACAUGGCUAUGAAACGAAAAGCGGAUGCAUCAGUGCCUGUAGAAGAGAGUGACCAGCUGCUUAUAAGACCACUAGGAGCUGGUCAAGAGGUGGGCAGGUCAUGCAUCAUCCUGGAAUUCAAGGGUCGUAAGAUCAUGCUGGACUGUGGCAUCCACCCUGGAUUGGAGGGCAUGGAUGCUUUGCCUUACAUUGAUUUGAUAGACCCAGCUGAGAUUGAUCUGCUCCUCAUCAGCCAUUUCCACCUGGAUCAUUGUGGAGCCUUGCCAUGGUUUUUACAGAAGACAAGUUUCAAAGGGAGGACUUUCAUGACUCAUGCCACCAAAGCCAUAUACCGCUGGUUACUUUCAGACUAUGUGAAAGUCAGCAACAUCUCAGCAGAUGACAUGCUAUAUACAGAGACUGACCUAGAAGAAAGCAUGGACAAGAUUGAGACCAUCAACUUCCAUGAAGUGAAAGAGGUGGCUGGCAUCAAGUUUUGGUGCUACCAUGCCGGUCAUGUUUUGGGUGCCGCCAUGUUCAUGAUCGAGAUUGCUGGAGUGAAGCUGCUGUACACAGGAGAUUUCUCACGUCAAGAAGACAGACAUCUUAUGGCAGCUGAGAUUCCCAGCGUCAAACCAGACAUUCUCAUUACAGAGUCAACAUACGGCACACACAUCCAUGAGAAGAGAGAGGAGAGAGAGGCUCGUUUCUGUAACACAGUUCAUGAUAUAGUGAACCGCGAGGGCCGCUGUCUGAUCCCUGUCUUUGCUUUGGGUCGAGCCCAGGAACUGCUGCUCAUUCUAGAUGAAUACUGGCAGAAUCACCCUGAACUCCAUGACAUUCCUAUUUAUUAUGCCUCCUCCCUGGCAAAGAAGUGCAUGGCUGUGUACCAGACCUACGUGAACGCCAUGAAUGACAAAAUUCGCAAGGCCAUUAACAUAAACAACCCCUUUGUCUUCAAGCAUAUCAGCAACCUCAAGAGCAUGGACCAUUUUGAUGACAUUGGUCCUAGUGUGGUGAUGGCAUCUCCAGGUAUGAUGCAGAGCGGUCUAUCCAGAGAGCUGUUUGAAAGCUGGUGCACAGAUAAGAGAAACGGUGUCAUCAUAGCAGGUUACUGCGUGGAAGGAACUCUUGCCAAGCAUAUCAUGUCUGAACCAGAGGAGAUCACCACAAUGUCAGGACAGAAGCUUCCAUUGAAGAUGUCCGUGGACUACAUCUCCUUCUCUGCUCACACAGACUACCAGCAGACCAGCGAGUUCAUCCGAGCUCUGAAACCUCCUCAUGUGAUCCUAGUUCAUGGAGAGCAGAAUGAGAUGGCUCGACUGAAAGCUGCCCUGAUCAGAGAGUAUGAAGACAAUGAUGAGGUUCACAUUGAGGUGCACAACCCUCGUAACACUGAGGCCGUCACACUGAACUUCAGAGGAGAGAAACUGGCGAAGGUGAUGGGCUCUCUUGCGGAUAAGAAGUGUUCACAGGGCCAGAGGGUCUCCGGCAUUCUGGUCAAAAAGAACUUCAAUUAUCACAUCCUCUCUCCCUCUGACCUCUCCAAUUACACUGAUCUGGCUAUGAGCACAGUGAAACAGACUCUAGCGAUUCCCUUCACUGGUCCUUUUCCCCUGCUGUUAAGUCAGCUACGCCACUUGACAGGUGAUGUGGAGGAUAUUGAAACGGCAGAGAAAAACACUCUAAGAGUGUUUAACAGCAUCACAUUGAAUCAUGAUAGCAACAUGGUUGUGUUGGAGUGGGUUGCCAACCCAUUGAAUGACAUGUAUGCUGAUGCAGUCACCACAGUGGUCUUGGAAGUGCAGUCAAAUCCCAAAGCACAGAAAGUCAUUCAGCCCCAAGAAAAGAAGUUGGACGUGAAUGUUUUCCAGAACAGAUUACAGAAAAUGUUCCAAGAUAUGUUUGGAGAGGAGUGUGUCGACUUCAACGAUAAGAACAGUCUUUGUGUAAGUGUAGAUGGGAAGACGGCUUACAUUAACCUGGAAACCAGAAAUGUGGAGUAUGAGGAGGCCAGUGCAGAAGAUGAUUCUCUCAGAGAAAUGCUGGAACUCGCUGUACAGAGGCUCUAUGAAGCCAUGAACCCUACGAUGUGAGAUGGGCAAAUGUCUCGGGCUCUUCAUUCCUCUCAAGAACUUUUGUUUUUAGACUCCAUAUUGAAUCCCCUGCAAUCAAAUGUUGAACCACUUAGCGGCUCACCCAGACUGAUGACAUCAAAUGUUGAACUGGCUGAAGCAUUUCAGAGGAUUUUGGUAAUUUCAAAAUGAAAUUGAAAUGAAAACAGUGCAGAGAGACAUGGAUGCAGGUCUGGAGUUGCUGCUCCAAUAAUACGUAGCCAUACGUUUUUUUUUUAUUGUACAUUUUCUAUGUUUAAGAUUAGGAACUAUAAAUUCUUUAUGAUCAUUGUGCUGAUUUAAUAAAAGAGGUCUUUAAGCCAGGUUGAGCUUGAAUUAAAUACACAACUUACAUUUAAGGGCAACAUUUUUAUUUAAAAAUGAAAGCUGGCAAAAUACACCAAGCAAAGAACUAAACUCAGCAAAAAAAGAAACAACCCUUUUUCAGGACACUGUAUUUUAAAGAAUUUUGUAAAAAUCCAAAUAACUUUACAGAUCUUUAUUGUAAAGGUAUUAAACAAUGUUUUCCAUGCUUGUUCAAUGAACCAUAAACAAUUAAUGAACAUGCACCUGUGGAAUGGUCGUUAAGACACUAACAGCUUACAGAUGGUAGGUAAUUAUUGUCACAGUUAUAAAAACUUUGGACACUAAAGAGACCAAGGGUCCCUGCUCAUCUGCAUGAACGUGCUUUAGGCAUAAGGACUGCAGAUGUGGCCAGAGCAAUAAAUUGCAAUGUCUGUACUGUGUCGCCUAAGACAGCGCUACAGGGAGACAGGAAGGACAGCUGAUCGUCCUCGCAGUGGCAGACCACGUGUAACAACACCCGCACAGGAUCGGUACAUCCGAAUAUCACAUGUGGGACAGGUACAGGAUGGCAACCACAACUGCCUGAGUUACACCAGGAACGAACAAUCAUCAGUGCUCAGACUGUCUGCAGUUGGCUGAGAGAGGCUGGACUGAGGGCUUGUAGGUCUGUUGUAAGGCAGGUCCUUGCCAGACAUCACUGGCAACAAUGUCGCCUAUGGGCACAAACCCACCUUCGCUGGACCAGACAGGACUGGAAAAAAGUGUUCUUCACUGAUGAGUCGCGGUUUUGUCUCACCAGGGAUGAUGUUCGGACUCAUGUUUAUCGUCGAAGGAAUGAGCGUUACACUGAGGCCUGUACUCUGGAGUGAGAUCGAUUUGGAGGUGGAGGGUCCGUCAUGGUCUGGGGCGGUCACAGCAUCAUCAGACUGAGCUUGUUGUCAUUGCAGGCAAUCUCAACGCUGUGCGUAACAGGGAAGACAUCCUCCUCCCUCAUGUGGUACCCUUCUUGCAGGCUCAUCCUGACAUGACCCUCCAGCAUGACAAUGCCACCAGCCAUACUGCUCGUUCUGUGCGUGAUUUCCUGCAGGACAGGAAUUUCAGUGUUCUGCCAUGGCCAGCGAAGAGCCCAGAUCUCAAUCCCAUUGAGCACGUCUGGGACCUGUUGGAUCGGAGGGUGAGAGCUAGGGCUAUUCCCCCCAGAAAUGUCUGGGAACUUGCAAGUGCCUUGGUGGAAGAGUGGGGUAACAUCUCGCAGCAAGAACUGGCAAAUCUGGUGCAGUCCAUGAGGAGGAGAUACACUGCAAUACUUAAUGCAGCUGGUGGCCACACCAGAUACUGACUUUUAGUUUCUGUUAGUCACAUGUCUGUGAAACUUGUUCAGUUUAUGUCUUAAUUGUUGAAUCUUUUUGUGUUCAUACAAAUAUUUACACGUUAAGUUUGCUGAAAAUAAAAGCAGUUGAAAGUGA